GUUCAGGUUACACUGGGUGGAGCGCUUAUAGUUUACUGAGACACACAGCAACAGAACAAACAGCACAGCCCUACACUCCGAGCAGUGAGCACAGCAUUGCUUUCAGACAUGUUUCGUUGUGGCAUCGCGUAUCCCCGCUGCAGGUGGAUUCUGCCUCUUCUGCUGCUUUUUGCCAUUAUUUUUGAUAUCAUCGCCAUCGCGGCUCAGUCCGGCUGGGUGGAGGAUGAAAACGCUAAGUCGCAUUAUGCCAGUAUGUGGGAUCACUGCCGAGGCCGCAACAACAACUGGACCUGCAAGUCUCUCAUGGAGUUCUCAUGGGCUCAGGCUGUCGCUGCACUGAUGAUCAUCGGCCUCAUCCUCCUCAUCAUAGCCUUCAUCAUCUCCUGUGUGGCGCUCUGCUGUACCCUUAAUAUUGGGCUCUUGCCGUUAAUUGGAGCUCUCCUCUUGCUUGCUGCGAUAUUCCAGAUCAUCGCUCUGAUCGUUUACCCAGUGAAAUUCAACGAACUAAUCUUUGAAGGCAACUACGACUACACCUGGGCAUAUGGUUUCGGAUGGGGAGCCACCAUCAUUAUGAUUGGUUGCGCAAUCCUGUUCUGCUGCCUGCCUCGGUAUGAAGACCAUCUCAGUGGCUUAGCAAAGACCAAAUACAUCUACACAUCUGCCUAGAAGCCCUCUCCAUCCUACUACUUACCGCACCAUUGCUUCAAGAACUAUUUGACUUAUUAAUAUUUUUAAAUCUCCAAACAGGAAUUGGCACAAUCUGCUCACGAUAGGAUCCAAGUUUACUAAAAGAGAAUAUGGGAAACAUGAACAGUAUUUUCUGCCUUAAUAAGGAUUAUUUAUACCAAUGAAUUUUCUUAUGAAGGCCUAUGUUGUCACAAAACUCCCCCAUACAUGCUCUGGUAAUACUAUCUAUGGCUACUUUUAUUUCCUUCAAGGUGACAUUUCAGUUUUAUCACUGCCUCAUCGUAUGAUUUACUUUUUCUGUUCCAUACAGACACAAAAUCUGUGGGUCUUUAUCAAAGCAGGGAAAAGGGUAGAAACCUCAGCUGAGCAUUUGGUAAAGACCACUUAAUUACAAAUAACUCUACUGGCUGUAUCUUUAUCUUGUGUUUGAAAUAAGGUUUUUUAGAGGCCCCUUUCUUAUAAUUGAAUAUGAAUUCAUGUAGACUUGCACAGAACUUUUAGUAGCUAGCAUUUUAAAAAUCUGUAUUAAAAGUAUUAAAAAUACAAGUGUAUUUUAGAAACAUUCUCAUAUAGGCCAUAUAGAGAUAUCUUUCCUAAUAUACCACUUUAUAAUCUAUAAUGCUACUGUCCUCAAAUGCUGUAUAGAUUGCGUGUGUUUGGUGUGAACGGACUGAUGAAUGUUUCUGUUGCUUGUGCAACUGCCUUUUUCUAACACUGACAGAAAUUUGAACUUAUAUAUACAUAGAGGUUAGGAAAAAGUCUUCUGUAGUACAACACUGCAAAAUGUUCUAAAGGGUUUCCAGUUUUUAUAUAUAUGGUUUUCCUACUUUUUCAGCUACAUUUUAACACUAACCAUGCUGUUUUUGUAACAGGUCGAGAUGUUUUAAGUAAUUUUGCCUAGUGUUCAUUGCAAGCCAAUGCAUAAUAAAAGGAGACCAAACUGUUUAAAUACCAA